AUGCGUUCUUCUCGGCCAGGGCUCUUCGGACUUCUCUGCUUGUUGACGAUUGUGGAUGCCGUUCAUCACGUUCCUCAUGAACAUGCCAAGUUCCAUCAGAAGAGAGGGGAUGCGGUGGCGGAUGAUGGGUUCGGUUCCGGAUUCAAGGCUGUUGCUUACUAUGUCAGGUGAAUAAUAAUCUCCUCAUGAAGCAAGAGGAGCGACCGCAGAGAUACUGAUGAUUCUGGCGACAGUUGGGCCAUCUACGCCCGCGACUUCCCCCCACAGCAAAUCCCAGCCUCGCAGCUCACACACGUGCCCUACGCCUUCGCGGGCAUCAACAACGAAACAGGCGAAUGCCACCUCACGGACGAAUUCGCAGACGUGCAGAAGACCUGGCCCGGCGAUCUCCCCAUCGAUCAUAACACCACCAACCUCUUCGGGAACCUGAAACAACUCUACCUGCACAAGAAGAAAAAUCGCAACCUGAAAACCCUCCUCUCCAUCGGCGGCUGGACCCUCCGCGCCGCCUUCGCCCCGGCCCUCACCCACUCCCCCACCAACCGCCUCCGCUUCGCCCGGACAGCCGUUCAGUUGCUGCAAGAUCUGGGCUUCGAUGGGCUCGACAUCGACUGGGAGUAUCCCAAUUCCACGCUCGAAGCGGCCGCUUUGGUAGACACCUGUCGUCUCCUCCGGCGGGAACUCGACGCCUAUGCCGCCCGCCACGUGCCCGGGGCGCCGCACUUCCUGCUCACCCUCGCCGUGCCCGCGGGCCCGCAGCAUUUCCGCUACUUCGACAUGCCCGGUCUGGCACCCUACGUGGACUUCGUGAAUCUGAUGGCGUAUGAUUACAUGGGCAGCGGGUUCGCGGAUACGAACCGCAGCGGGCACGCGCAGAAUCUGUUCCACAGCGCCUGGAAUCCCGCGAGUACGAAUUACGACACGCACACGGCCGUGGAGUAUUAUCUGAACGACGGCUUUCCGAGUCGCCGCCUGGUGUUGGGCAUGCCAUUGUACGGCCGCUCCUUCGCGCAGACGGCCGGGCCCGGCGGGAAUUUCACCAACGCGACCGACGGCUCCUGGGAGCCCGGCGUGUGGGACUACAAAGCCCUGCCCCAUAUCAACGGCUCGCGGGCUUUCCGCACGUAUCACGACGACGAGGGCAUCGUCGCGUCGUGGGCGUACGAUGACCUCACGCGGUAUAUGGUCUCGUACGACACGCCGCGGGUCGCGAGGCAGAAGGCGGCUUAUAUCGCUUCGCUGGGGCUGGGAGGCGCCAUGUGGUGGGAGACGAGUGGGGAUAAGAAGGGAAGCGAGAGUUUGAUCUCUACGGUGAAGGGGGAGUUUGAGGGUUGUGGGGAGGGGGUGGAAUGGAGGGAGAAUGUUUUGGAGUUUCCGCUGAGUAGGUAUGGGAAUUUGAGGGAGGGUAUGCCGGGGGAGUGA